CGUUUGAUUUAGCAGUAGUGAUACACCUGCUGCUCAUAUUUUUGCUCUUUUACCCACUCAUAUAGGAACAUUCCAUGCAUGGAAUUCUUCCAUUACUAAAACACAAAAAUAAUUAAAGAAAUAAGUUUUUUUUUUUUUUUUUUUUUUUUUGAGUGGUGAGGAAAGAGUCUUUGGUUUUCUGUUGUGAUUUGUUCUUUUAGUCUCCUGAAUAUUUGCUAGUUUUAUGGCCAUUGCUGGCGUCCCAUCUGUUCAAAAUUUGAUAUUUUUCCAAAAUAGGAUUCUUGAAAUCUUGAAUAUUAAAAUUAAAAAGAUAUCUUCUUUUUGUAUGUGUAUGAGAAAGAGAUUACAUGGAUAUGGAAUUCAAAGACUCUCCUUUUUUGUUCUGUGAGUCUGAUCUUUUACUUCCUAAAAAGUGUCUUACUUGACCAUAGUUCAAUCCCAUCUAUAUUGCUUGACCAAUAAGCCCAACUCCAUAAAUCAAGAUUUUAAGGUUUUUCAAAGUUUUGUUCUUCUUCUGCCUUGUUUUUGUGGGUUUCUCUGCUUUUUGGGGUUCUGCCCGGUGUCGGAGCCAGGAUUUUCACUGAGGGACUGUGUUACAUGAUUUAAGCUUCUAGUUUGUUAAGCCGAUCUUGAAUUUACUCGAUUUCUUUUGAACUUGAUUUGGCUAUAUAUAGCAAGUUACACAAUGGAAGAAGAUCAAGAUAUGAAAUUUGUGUGCAAGUUGUGUAACAAGAGGUGUCCAAGUGGGAAGUCACUUGGGGGUCACAUGAGGUCUCAUGUACUUGCAAAUUCAACUGAAUUUGAUGAAAAAAUUGAAGCUAAUAAGUUGAAAAAGGUGGAAUCUUGGACUAGUAGUAGUGGGAAGAAUCAAUCAAAAUUUGAAUCUGGUUAUGGGCUUAGAGAGAACCCCAAGAAAACUAGGAGGGCUGAGGAUUAUACGUUAUGUUACUCUGACUCUCCAAAAAUACUGCCGCACACUAAUUUUGCAGGAUCUGACACGCAUCCGUCGACAUUUCAGAGUCAGAGCAAUAUAGAUUCUAAGUACUCUCUUUUGCCUCAAGAAAAAGUCUGCCAGCAAUGUGGCAAAGUGUUUCAAUCAAUGAAAGCUUUGUGUGGUCAUAUGGCUUGUCACUCAGAAAAAGAUAGAGGGGGCUUGAAAGAUGUUGAUGAUAACUCAUGGACUAGUGAUAGCAAUUCAGAUACUGAAGCUGAUGAGUUGAUCAGCCAGAAAUGCCGAUCAAAAACUACUAAGAGGUACAAAAAGGUUGUAGUUAAGUCUUUGAAUAAUUAUAAUUGUUCGUCGUCUGUGUCUGAGAUUGAUCAUCAAGAUCAAGAACAAGAAGAAGUAGCCAAGUGUUUGAUGAUGUUGUCAAGGGAUUCUUGGAUUUGGAAUAAUGGUGUCAAUUCAUUUGUGGAGACUUCUGAUAACAAUUCUGUUGUUUUAGAGACCAAAUUGUCGUCUAAUGAUAUCCGGAAUAAUGCUAGAAAGAAUAAAAAUCUUAAACGUGCCUACGAUCAAGAUGAAAAGCCUCGAACCAAGAAAAGGAAAGCUGAAACUGAACCUGAGUACUCUGAUUCAGACUACUACUUAGGUGAAAAUGGGAAAGUCGAAUCAGAUGGCUCUGUUGAGGGGUUCUUAGGGAAUGGUAAUUGCAAAUGGAGUACAUCUAAAAUGAGCCUUGGAGCUUGGUUAGACGAACAUAGGACCAAUGAGAAAAAGGGAAAAAACAGAAUUAAAAGAUAUGUAACAGAGUCAAGGAAGGAUUUGAGCAAGAAAUUUGAACAUGAUGGUUAUGGAUUAGCCUCAAAUUCGGAUAUACGUGAAUCAAGAAAGGUAAACACGGAUCGAUAUAACGAUUCCGAGGAGAAAAAGCUUGGUCUUAAGGGUCCUCAGGAUUGCAAAGAUAAUAUUAAUAAGAAGAGAAAAUAUGAGUGUUUGAACUGCAAGAAGACAUUUGGUUCUUAUCAGGCUCUUGGUGGACAUAGACCUUGCCACAAAAAAAUCAAUGACCAUUCUGAAUCAACAUAUGAAACUGGUGAGAAUAGCCUUGGUGGUACUGAUAAUGAUCCUAAAUGCAUAAACAUUGACAAGCAUAGGGACGGUUUUCGCGACAAAAAAACAAUGGUUCUUGCUCAAGAUCUGCCUUAUGAGCCUGAGAAAAAGGUUAAACUGAAGAAAUCCAAAGGACACAAAUGCCCGUUUUGCGAUAGGAUGUUUAAGUCUGGACAAGCUUUAGGAGGCCACAAAAGGUCACAUUUUAUUCAUGGUGGUGAUCAGGAGAAUCUCAAUCAACAACCUUCAGCAGUCAAGCGCAAAGUUCCUGAUUUACUCGAUCUUAAUCUUCCUGCUCCAGUUGACGAGGAGGACGAUGAGCAUGCCCAAUUCAUGUCUUGGUAGUUGGUUAUUAACAAGAAUGACAGCUCAACGAGUGCUUUUAUCAUGUUUUUUUUUCUGCUAUUAUCAAUGUUGCAACACAGGUAGGACUUGCCUCCUUUCUAAUUAGUUGUAAGCUAUGUUGCUCGGACUCUCUAAUAAUUUUGACGGGUGCGUGUCGGAUCCUAUUUGGAGGAUCAGACACGAGUGCAACAGUAUUUUUGGAGAGCCCGAGCAAUAUAGGAGCUAUAAUAACUCUCACAUUUCCUUCUGAUUUUGGCAUGUUUCAAGAACAUGCUUCCAUUUUUGCUAGUAAUUUCAUCCACGUUCAAGUUUUGGGACAUUUAAACUUAAAUCAAAGUCUUGUCUUGUCUCUAUGAUUAACUUAAUUUCUUCUUCUGAUUAAGAUUAAUAGUUUUACUUCCGUUUGUCAUUGAAACAUUUC